AUGAUGAAAGGAUGAGGUCUAUUUUCUGUAUGAUGAGUACUUUUACUUGUAACGUAGUAUUUUGUACUCUCACUCUGAGUAGUCUCUCAGUACUUCCUCCUCUGCUGACAUCAGCACUCACGUGAGGUUUACUCAGACGCUGUGUGAACGCCCAUUGACACAACACUACACUACCCAUGAUUCCCGCGCUCUGGUAUUUCCGGGUAGGUAGCGCUGACAGCCAUAUUUGAUUCGAUUAUGCUGUUGUGGCUGCGACAACCAGUUUAACCAGUUCUCAACAAAACGGUGUUUUUCUUCAGUCCGAGGCGGAUUUUAGCUUCAGCCGCGACCAACUCCAGCUGCGUUCACACCGACGACUCUGUACCGCCUGUAGUCAACGAUGAAUCCCGAAUAUGAUUAUUUAUUCAAACUGCUCCUGAUCGGUGACUCUGGUGUGGGAAAGUCCUGUCUCCUCCUCCGGUUCGCAGAUGACACGUACACAGAGAGCUACAUCAGCACCAUCGGUGUGGACUUCAAGAUCAGGACCAUCGAGCUGGACGGGAAGACCAUAAAGCUCCAGAUAUGGGACACGGCCGGUCAGGAGCGUUUCCGCACCAUCACCUCCAGUUACUACAGAGGAGCCCACGGCAUCAUCGUAGUUUACGACGUGACGGAUCAGGAGUCCUUCAACAAUGUCAAACAGUGGCUACAGGAGAUCGACCGUUACGCCAGUGAGAACGUCAACAAGCUGCUCGUAGGCAACAAGUGUGACCUGACGACGAAGAAGGUGGUGGACUACACCACAGCCAAGGAAUUUGCCGACAACCUGGGGAUCCCCUUCCUGGAGACCAGCGCCAAGAGCGCCACCAACGUGGAGCAGGCCUUCAUGACCAUGGCGGCCGAGAUCAAGAAGAGGAUGGGCCCCGGGGCCACGGCCGGCGCCUCCGAGAAGUCCAACGUCAAGAUCCAGAGCAAGCCGGUCAACACCUCGUCCGGAGGCUGCUGCUGAGACCCGACGACGCCCGCCACGACCCGAAUCCUGAAUCCUGAAUCCUGAAUCCUGAAUCCACCCCCAGAGCCCACGACCAGUCUCAAUGUUACCAUGCUCCACAGGGGAGAGGGAGGGAGGGAGGGAGGGAGAGGGAGGGAGGAGGAAGACUUUGAGUGGACCGGUUUGUAAUUGUGUGUGUGCAGCUACAAAACCAGACCCCCACCCCCCCACCACCCCCACCCUGUCUGAGUCAGCAAGAGGACGGUAAGAACACACCGGGCCUUCCUUCUUUCUUACUCCACCACAGCACACUCAUACUGCAGACGACAUGUACACCAUUUUUAACAGUGUGUGAAGUUAACCAUGAAAAACAAAAACAAAAAAAAAAAACGCUGAGUCGAGUUUCCAGCUUCUGUUUGUUCUGUUCUGCUCCUUCGUUUAGUCACUUUUCUACAGCUGAGAUGAAGCUGGUCUGUCAGUCCCUUCAAAUGAAGCACAUGCUUAAACCAGCGUCAUGUAUGUUCCAGCUGAUCACACGCUCUGCCCCCCCCAAAAAAAAACAACAACCAGGAAACGCCCCCCCGCUCUCUAAAACCAUGUGCCAGUGCCUUUGUGGCAGACCUCCAUGACAUCGGGCCUCAGCUGCUCGUGUUGCUUUUCUUAAAGAAUCCUCUGACAUUCCUGUGUAAAUACGUCAGCGUGUGCUCUGCUGCCGCCGUCACGCUGGAAGCAUGUGCUACAUUAAUGUUUCUGAACCCACAGCACAACCACAGCAGGAGAGUCCUCCGCCCCCCCUCACCCCCCCACCCUGCUCCAGAAUCAUCUACAAACUGUAUAUAUUUAUACAUAAAUGUAAGAAGUGAUUGCAGAUUGUGUAGAGAAGCCAGUGAAGCCGACGAGCUGAUCGUAGCUGGAGUUAGUGAAUCUCAGCGCCUGGUUUGUGGCUGCGGACAAAAACAUUUUGUGGCACAAUGUCGACUAUUAAAACAAUGAAGGAGAUGUUUGAUA